GCCGCCGCCGACCACGCGGCACAUGCAUGCACAUACACACACGUGUGACAGCGCGGCGCGUGAGUGCGACGGAGACGAGCGGCUACCGAGCGUGGCCGAGCGCGGGCGAGGAUCCGCGAUCGUAGCUCGCGGCGUCCUGGCGCGCAGCCGAUUGGUCGACGGCCUGAGGAAGUGGUGACCGCUGACAAGGGUUCGGAGCAGGCCGCCACGUGAGUCGAGUGCAGCACACCGCGAGGUAGAAUAGCAGGCGCGCGCGCGCGCGCGCGCGUAGCGACAAGUGAGCGAGCGAGACAGAGAGACAAAGAGAGAGAGAGAGAGAGAGAGAGAGAGAGAGAGAGAGAGAAAGAAAGAAAGAAAGAAAGAAAAGACACUUUUCGACCUUCCCGACGCCGCGACCUUCCGCACCCGAAAAAAUAUUGGAGGAUCCUGCGGAGAAGACGACAGCUGUCUCACUCGCCGGACCUCGGCCGACCUCGCGUCACGGGACACUGCGGAAGCGAGACCGGAAGUGUCUCCCGCUGUGUGCACCGCUACCGGUACCUGCCGGCCGGCCGGCCGGUCGCGCCGCCGACUUUGGACAACUACGCGACACUAUGGGCCCGCACGGGGGGGCGCUCUGAAGGGGACCCUCUCAGGUGAAACACGUUGCCGUCCCCUUACCCUCCCCUCGCGAGCGCGAACGACCGCGCGUCUGGGACGUCGACACGUCGUCGUCAUGUUACGCGGCAGCGGUGUGAAGCUCCCGCCGAUGACGUUCUCAUUACAGGCCGGUGAGACCGUGUCGGGGAGGAUCCCGAGCCAUUUGUCGAAAUGAUGGGACUGAUGGAAGUUGUGUGAUUAGGACAAAAAGUCCGAGAGUGGCCGAGGUAUCGUGCAAGUCACGUUACUCCGAUUACUCGCCGAGGCAUGCUCGUCGUCGCCAGGAGGAAGCGGUGUCGUGCUCUCUGAGACGGUCGCGUACUCUCGUCAAGGGAGGGAGGGGGAGAGAGAGAGAGAGAGAGAGAGAGAGAGACUCUCACUCUCCAACAGCGCAUAUCAGACUGUAGCUUCUUCGUGUCUCCGAUGCUCACGUAGCGAGCAUCGUCGGCGGAGCGAGGGGGCGCGAUCUCGCGAGGCUUUGCGCGGAUUUGCGCUUUCCCGCGAAGCGAGUCAGCCGGCCGACGAGCGGACGACGGAGCGCGCAAGUGCGCCGCGGGCUAACGCUCCAACUUCGCCAUCGAUUUACUUCAUUUCCACUCGCGAGCACGGCGCCGAGCACCGAGCCCGACACGUUGACAUUGUCGCGCUCGCCACGUGAGUGAUCGAUCGCGACCUACGACAACGCGUCCACGUCCGCCGGGCGUCCUCGAGAGACGCGCGCGCGCGCGCGCGCGCGCUCUUUCGCCCGGCUGGACGGUGAGACUCGCGGUACCAGCGCGGAUCCUGCCAGAUCCCAGACAUGGACCAGCGUGAUCGAGGAUCGACGAACGAGCCCGUGAAAACUCGUCGCCGACUCAGCGACACGCGAGUUUCGCGCACGCGGUGAAGUUCUCUUCUCCUUUUCUCGUCGCGAUACGACGCGCGAUUAUCUCGUUCGUGUCCGGGACGUUUUUGAAACAUUCAGCGGGACCGUUGCGAGAGAAAGAGCGAAGGAUACGUCUCUCUCCCGCUUUAGCGAGCGGGUCUCGUGCGCGACCGAGGUUUCCUAUCUGCGAGAGGCAGGCGCGCGAAGAUUCGAACUGCGGAAGCGCGCGGUUUGGAGAGGGGGGGAGCGAUCGAUCGAUCGAACGAUCGAGGAGGAGGACCGCAGUGAUUCGGUGGGAACUAACUCAUCGGUGAGAAUCGAGCGGCGAGUAGGAGAGAGUGCAAAAAAGGUGGGUGCGUGCUCGGAGGGAGCAACGAGAGAUUCCACAGCGUCUGCCGCCGCGAGAAAAGUGCACCGGCCGGCGCUCGCAGACUGUCUUCCCACUUGGAUCAAGCUGGAUUUUUGCGUCCGCGAUAUGUCGCGCUUUCCACCUGGGGACGUGAGGGGGCCCGAAGGAGCGUAGAUGAUUUCUACUGUCUGCGUCCUCGAAGGAGCUUCCAGUUCUAUGCUGGCGUACUUCCUCGGUACGACCUGGGCUUGCGUCGGAGUAGCUAGUAAAUCGUAUCUCGCUGGCGACGAGAAGGACAAGACGACGGGGAGGCAGUCGGCGAGGACGUGGGUGAGCGUAACGCGCGGAAGAAGAAGAAGAGGCAGUCCGGAGAGCGCAGACGCAGGCGCCGUAGGUGAUGUGAGGCUGGCGGCCGCCUCACGUUUGGGGUGAUGCCCUCCAGUGAGCCCCAUCCCCCCCAGUACCACCUACAACAUCACAACAUUCCUCCCUCGCACAUACAGCAACAUACGUCGAGCGCGAUCGGGCAGCAUCAGCUCUAUCAGCAGCUGGUGGCGGCCCAUCAACAGCAACAGCGCCAGCAGCAACACGGCGUACCCUUUCAAAAUUCCACGUACGCGCAUCAGAAGCAGGAGAUGAGCCCGGAGGAGGAGGGGGGCCGCGGGGGUGGGUCCCCCCCGGCGGCUGGGGCUGCUCUACAUCAGCCCCAUCACCCCCGGACGGCUAGUCCACCCUCGGGCACGGAACCCUGCACCCGCGACGCGAUACCGACACCGACGCCCAUCGCGGACACCACCACCACCACCACCACCACUACUAUGACGAUGCAGUCGCAGGGUCAGCAGCAACAGCAGCAGCAGGGUCCCAGUCCGAGCCCGAGUCCGACGGGCGGCGACGUGGAGAAGUUCGACGGCAAGAUCGUCUACAACCCGGACGGCUCGGCUUACAUCAUCGAGGGCGAGAGCGAACUCAGCGAGGACGACUCUCUACCGGACGGUUGCAUCGUCGACGGCCGCGGCGUCUCGGUUCCUCACACCUUAGUUUUCCCGCAAAUCGCCAGCGCGUUCUACGUGUCGCGGCUGUACGCGCAUCAGGCAGCAACCUACCAGCAGCAGCAACAGCAGCAGCAACGCUCCGCGGCCCAACAGCACAAUCCCGAUCUUCCCGUGAUGCACAGUUACCGGGUGAUCAGUUACAGGAGCGCGGAAGGCAGCAAGCAACCACCUCCGGCACCCGCAGUGCCACCGCCGCCCGCCGCGUCGGUACCUGUCAAGCCUAUCCUAAUGUGUUUCAUAUGCAAGCUCAGCUUCGGCUACGCCAAGAGCUUCGUCGCGCAUGCCCAAGGCGAGCACCAGCUCACGCUGAUGGAGGACGAGCGGCAGAUACUCUCGCACUCGACCGCUUCGGCCAUCAUACAGGCCGUCGGUAGAGGAAAACAGCCGCUCGUCAGUUUCCUCGAACCCGUCACGAGCUCGACCUGCGCGCAAGUGUCGCCCGCGCCUUUGCAGAACCAGCAGCAGCAACAGCAACAGAGAAACGAGUCCAUGGAGAACGAAACACCGACGACGACGAGUACACCAGCGAGCACCCCCGGUGUACCGAGCAGUCCUCAGCAACAGCAGCAGCAGCAGCAGCAGCAAUCGCAGCAGCAGCAGCAGUCGCACCAGCAACAGAUACAGCAGCAGCAGCAGCAACGGCCCUCGCCGAGCACCCCCACCACGCCCACGUCGCACUCGAGUCAUCCGCUCACGUACAACCAUCAGCAACAGCAGCAGCAUCAGUGGAUAACCAGCGCGCAGGUGAGCGCCGCCUCCUGGGCGAAGGCGUCGGACGCCAUGCACUACACCUCGCCGCCGCCGCCGCCGAGCUCAUCCACCAAGGGCUCCCCGUCUUCGUAUGUCGCGCUCACGCAGCAACCACCCAACUUUCUUACCGGCACGACGAUAGGCGUCUGCCCGGAGCACAUGCAGGGACGACCGAGCGGGGUUGAGUGUCCCAAGUGCGAGCUCAUACUGAACCGACACCCGCCCGGCGGGAUGUUGGCCGGCAUCCACAGCCGAAACUCGUGCAAGACACUCAAGUGUCCCAAGUGCAACUGGCACUACAAGUACCAGGAGACCCUCGAGAUACACAUGAAGGAGAAACACCCGGACAGUGAGACGUCCUGCAUCUAUUGUAUCGCCGGUCAGCCACAUCCUAGGUUAGCGCGCGGCGAGACUUACACCUGCGGUUACAAGCCCUAUAGGUGCGAGGUGUGCAAUUACUCGACCACGACCAAGGGUAAUCUCAGCAUACACAUGCAGAGCGACAAGCACCUAAACAACAUGCAGGAGUUGCAGCAAGGCGGUGGCGGCGGCGGCUCCGGCAGCAGCAACCCUUCCUCGUCGCAAGACGCGCCGAUGCCGACGCGGAGUCCCCAUCACCAGCAGAAUCACAGCCCGCACUUGGCGGCUCAAUCUGGCAAUCAGAGCAAGCCGAAGCCCACGUUUCGCUGCGACGUCUGCAACUACGAGACCAACGUCGCGCGUAAUCUCAGGAUACAUAUGACCAGCGAAAAACACACGCACAACAUGCUGGUGCUGCAGCAAAACGUCAAGCACAUGCAGACCCUGUCGGCGCUUCAGUCGCACCACCAGCAGGCGCAACACCACCACCAGCAGGCACAGCAGCAGCACCAGCAGCAACUCGAGCAACUGCUUCACUUGGGCGGCUUGGACAAGCCGCAACACGCGGAGGCGGCGUUGGCUGACAUGGCUUACAAUCAGGCGCUGCUCAUACAGAUGAUGACAGGCGGCCAACUGCCGCCACAGCUACCGCCCGAGCUGAUGGGUGGUAUCGCGAGUAUAGGUGCCAUAGGCAACCUCGGCGGCGACAUCGGCCUGUCGCCCGACAGCAUGGAACCGCCGCCGGAACCAGCCGACUCGGACCCUACCCAUCUCUACCACUGCUGCGUCUGCAACAACUUCGCCACGGAUUCGUUGGACGCUCUGGGCCACCACCUGGGCGCCGAUCGCACGAGGACCCGCGAAGGCGAGAUCCUCGCCGUGGUUGCCGGCCAUUUUGUCUGCAAGCUCUGUUCCUACAAAACCAAUCUGAAAGCCAAUUUUCAGCUGCAUUGCAAGACCGACAAGCAUUUGCAGCGUCUGCAGCAUGUGAACCAUGUGAAGGAAGGUGGGCCGCGGAACGAGUGGAAGCUCAAGUACUUGGCGUCGCCGACCAGUUCAGCGCAAUUGCGCUGCCAUGCGUGUGAUUAUUAUACCAACAGCGCUCACAAGCUGGCGCUGCACGCCGCCUCGCCGAGGCAUGAAGCCGCUGCGUUACUGCUACGCCAUCUCAUCGAGACCAGCAACAAUAUACAAUCCCCUGGCAAGUUGUACCACUGCGCCCUGUGCGCGUUCAGUGCGCGGCACCGCCUGCAGUUGCUGCAACACGUGAGAUCGUUGCGGCAUCUUCAAAUGGAGCAGCUACAUCAGCUCCAGCGGCGGAACAGCUUCCAAGGCAACGAGACCCCGCACACGGAUAUCGGCGACGUGUUCCAAGUCAUGAGCGACCCUGACGUGCCGUCCACGCAACAAUCCAGCCCGACCACACCGACCACGCCGAACGCCGCGAGCGCCAACAAUGAACGGCGGGACGAGGGUAGCGAGUGCGGCAGCGAAGUGAAACAAGAACCGGACAACGAUCCCGAGCCGGAAGCGGAGACCGAGAACGAUCCGGAGGAUAUAGCGUGCAUGUACUGUACGUACCAGCCGACGUCGAGGGAGGAAUUGCGGCAGCAUAUGCAAGUGGCUCACAUUCAAGACACGGAGGAAAAGGCCGAGGCAGUGAAGGAGGAACCGUCCCCGGAACUGCUGUGCCCGCUGUGCCAAGACAGCUUCAAGGAGCGCCCCGCUCUGGAGAAACACGUGAUGCAGAUCCACUCGGUGAAUACGGACGGCCUGCAGAGGCUAUUGCUGUUGGUCGACCAGAGUCAUUGGCUGAACAACAACCCGCGCAACACCUCGACACCGGCGGUCACGACGCCGACGUCGCCGACGACCACGACGAAGCCGCAGCAAGAGGAGGAGAUGAGCGAGCGGGGUGGCAACGACGAGAUCGAAGAGAUGACGAGAUGCAGCGUAUGCGGUCGGGUGUGUCGGUCCAUCGAAGAGCUGCAGCAACAUCACCGCGAGGCGCAUCCAGCCACGACGCCGACGCUGGCGGUCAGCGAGAAGCACGUGUACAAGUACCGCUGCGGCCAGUGCAGCCUGGCGUUCAAGACCCUGGAGAAGCUCCAGCAGCAUUCUCAGUACCAUGCGAUCAGGGACGCGACCAAGUGCGCCCUCUGCGCGCGGUCAUUUCGCUCGGUCCAGGCGCUGCAGAGACACCUGGAGUCCGCCCACGGGGACUUCCACGAGGACGAGAUGAACCAAUGCAAGCAGGCCAUGAUUCACGUGCACCCGCUGCUCCAGGCGUUCACAGAGGAGGCGCUGAAGAAGCAAAGCGGCCUGGCUGGCGAGCAGAACGCCGAGGAAGAGGCCGGUAGGGGUGACGAAGAGGAGAGCGAUGCGAGCGACUCGUCGCCGUUGCACAGAGAGCAGCGUCUACUGGAGGAUUACCUCAAUAGCCCACAGGUGGCCGAAGACAGCUACCACGACCCAAGCCGAAAGUUCAAGUGUCACCGGUGUAAAGUAGCCUUCACACGCCAGAGUUACCUCAGCGGCCACAACAAGACCUUGAUGCACCGCAAAGGCGAGAAGAUGUCUUAUCCCAUGGAAAAGUACCUCGACCCGAACCGACCGUACAAGUGCGACGUUUGCAAGGAGAGUUUCACACAGAAGAACAUACUCCUGGUGCACUACAACAGCGUGAGCCAUCUGCACAAGCUGAAGCGGGCGAUGCAGGAGCAGGGUAACAACAACACGCUGAUCUCGGUGGUGCCUCCGGCGAGCCCGACCGAGUCGCCCGACUCCCAGCAGGACCAGGAUAAGAAACCCUACAAGUGCAACAUUUGCAAAGUCGCCUACUCCCAAGGUAGCACCCUCGACAUCCACAUGAGAAGCGUACUCCAUCACACGCGCACCAGCAAGCUGCCGGAUCUCGCGGCCAGCGGCCAAGUGGACCUCGCACGGCCGUUGAUCGAGCAACCACCGCCGAGCAGCCCGAACAGCCCGCCCGUCAACACCAACAUCAGCAACACCGCCGGCGGCAUGCUAUCUUGCCCGCGCUGCAGCGCCCUUUUCGUCAACCAGGAGCAGCUGGCGACGCAUCAGCAGCUCUACUGCAUCUUCAGCAGCCCGCUGGCGUUGUUUCAGUUGGCGGCGACGCAACAAUUGGCCUCGUCCGCCCCGGCCAAGACCCCACCGCCCACGUCCACGACUCCGGGACCUCAGCAGUAUACGCAACAGUCCGCCCAGCAUUCGCAAACGCCGGACAUCCUCUCACAGCCGCGGCACAAGACCUCGCAGAUGUACAAGCACCUGCUCGAGAGCUUCGGCUUUGACCUCGUGAUGCAGUUCAAUGAAAAUCACCAAAGACGCCAGCGGAAGGAGGAGGAGGUGGCCGCGGCUCUCCAGGCGCAGCAGGAACAACAGAAGCAAGAGCAACAGAAACAGGCUUUGGCCGCUCAAGCCGCGCAGGAGCGAGAGGAAGAAGCUGAAGAGCAUACCGACGACGACGUGAUACCCGAACUGACGCGUAGCACUUGCCAGCACUGCAACAAGGAAUUCAGCAGUGUCUGGGUGCUUAAGGCCCACUGCGAGGAAGUGCAUCGCGACCUGGUGCCCCGAGAGUUCCUCGAGAAAUAUGUGCAGCAAUUCAAGUGCGAGUACGAGAAGAAAAGCGUCGUGGUGACCGCCGCGACGUCCUCGUCCACCACCACCACCGCGCCGCGCAGCUCGACACCAGCCGUCGCACAGCCGCAGGACCUCACCUCCGACAGGGAAUCGCGCGAGAAGGAGAAGGAGGAGAGCGACAGCAAAGAACGCAUCAGCCGGACUCCGGAGGCCACCUCCACCACGCCGGCGACCACUCCGGCGCUGAGCAACACCCCCGUUUCGAGCACGGACUCCACGACGGCCACUGUGCUGCCCACCAAUACGCAGCAUCAUAUUCAGCAGCAGCAGCAGCAGCAGCAGCAACAACAGCAGCAACACCAGCAGCAGCAGCAGCAGCAGCAGCAGCAGCAGCAGCAGCAGCAGCAGCAGCAGCAGCAGCAGCAGCAGCAACAACAACACGCUCAGCUCACAUUAGCGCAACAGAUGUCCGAAAUGCAAGCCGCUCUUAACGCAAUGGCGGCGUCGCAGCUGCAACAUCAACUGCAGCAAUAUCCCGGCCUGAUGAUGGGCAUGAUGGGCUUGCCGUUGGGUCUCAACGCCCACGCAUUAGCCGCCAUGAACUUGCAGCCGCCUUUAGUGCCAAUGAUGUUGCCACCGCCACCGUAUGACAGCGCCGCGGCCGCAUAUCCUUCGAUCAACGCGCAAGCGGACCUUCUCGCCAAGCAGCACCUCGCCCUUCAGCAACAACAAGCGGCAGCAGCGGCGAACGCUGCAGCAUCACAGAAACGAGCACGUACGCGUAUCACCGACGAACAACUAAAAAUAUUACGAGCGCACUUCGACAUUAAUAAUUCGCCCGGGGAGGAGCAGAUUCUAGAGAUGGCUGCUCAAAGUGGUCUGCCACCGAAAGUCAUAAAGCAUUGGUUCCGUAAUACGCUGUUCAAAGAGCGACAGCGCAAUAAGGAUAGCCCUUACAACUUCAACAACCCGCCGAGCACCACUCUGAAUCUCGAAGAAUACGAGAAGACCGGCGAGGCGAAGGUGACUUCGUUAAACUCCAGCGUGUCGGGCAAUAGUUCCUCCGACGACAAGAGCCCGAACAAGCAGGCCACGCCACCGCCUGCGACGACCAUGCAGAAUGUCAGCACCUCGCAGCAGCAACCGGCCGAGAUCAAGCAGGAGGCACCUGAGCAGGCGCAGUGCCUGCAGCAACAGCAGCAGCAGCAGCAGCAGUCACAGCAUCAAGAAGACCAGCAGCACCACUCCCCCGGUAGCUCGGGCGGCCAACAAUCGCGGCCGCACUCGCCGGCUCUCAGUAUGAGCUCCGUGUUCUCCGGCAUCCACCACGACGUUUCAUCCCACCCACCGUCGACCACCAGUGCCCCGAGCACUCCCAUGUUACCCCCGCCGAAACUGACACCCCAGAACUUCGCCAAUCCCAGUCCGGCUGCAGCCGGUGUUGUGCCGAGCACGAUCGCUGCAAUGGCGCUCACCCCGCAACGAUCCCUCAGCCCGGGUCGUGGGCCGACGGACUAUUCCUUCGUCGGCAACAGCAACGGCAGCAAUUCCUCCGGCAGUAACUCCGGCAAGCGUGCCAACCGUACGAGAUUCACCGACUAUCAGAUCAAGGUUCUCCAAGAGUUCUUCGAGAACAACGCUUACCCGAAGGACGACGACUUGGAGUACCUCAGCAAGCUGCUCAGCUUAAGCCCGCGUGUCAUCGUCGUAUGGUUUCAGAACGCCCGGCAGAAGGCGCGCAAGGUCUAUGAAAAUCAACCGGCGCCCGAGCUAGUAAUACCAGGCGGGCGCGAGAGCGACGAUGGCAAUGGUAAUGCGCCUGGCAGAUUUCAGAAAACAGGCUCGACCUACCAGUGCAAGAAGUGCCUGUUGAUCUUUCAAAAGUAUUAUGAGCUUGUGCGCCACCAAAAGUCUCACUGUUUCAAGGAGGAGGACGCCAAGAGGAGCGCGCAGGCCCAGGCCGCUGCGGCGCAAGUCGCUGCGAUCCUCAGCUCGGAGGACAGCAACAGCAGCUCCACAACAACAGCAAACAAUACGGUGACGGGCAACAACCCGUCGACGGUGUCCGCUUUAGCCGAGCAACUGCAGCAGUCGUUGAACACCGUCACGCCGCCACACCAUCAGCAACAGACAUUGGCUCAGUCACAGCAUCAACAGCCGCAGCAGCAGUCUCAGCAGCAGCAGCAGCAGCAGCAGCAGCAACAGCAGCAGCAGCAGCAGCAGCAGCAGCAGUCGCAGUCGCAGUCGCAGACGGAGGCGAAGGAGGGCAGCUUCCAAUGCGACAAAUGCAAUCUGAUGUUCGGACGUUUCGACCUUUGGCGUGAGCACCAAUUGGUACAUAUCAUGAACCCGUCCUUGUUCCCGCCCUCGUACCCACCUGAUUCGCCCUUCGGAAUCCUGCAACAACAAGCCCUUAACGCUACCAGCGGAGUCACCGCCGAGCCUCAUUCACUCAUCAGCCUGAUGCAGGAGCGCAAGAGGAAAUACGAUGACUUCGAGGAGAGCAUGACAGGUGACAAUCGCUCCAAUUCCGAGCACAACGAGCAGCCGAAGGACAAACGUUUGCGUACGACUAUUUUACCGGAACAGCUGGACUAUCUCUACCAGAAGUAUCAGGUGGAGUCGAAUCCAUCGAGGAAGAUGUUAGAGACGAUCGCGCGCGAGGUCGGGCUGAAGAAGCGCGUGGUCCAAGUGUGGUUCCAGAAUACCCGCGCCCGCGAGCGCAAAGGUCAGUUCCGAGCGCACAGUCAGGUAAUCAACAAACGCUGCCCGUUUUGCCCGGCGCUGUUUAAGGUGAAGUCCGCGCUGGAGACCCAUCUCAGCAGCAAGCACGCCGACCAAGUGGCGCGCGGCGAGGUGAACAUCGACAAUAUACCAGACGAGGAGCUCUCGAUGGAAUCGGCCCCCUCCAAUUCCAGCACUCCCAACAUGAUGCCGCCGAUCUUCCCGCCGCUCACUAGCGACGUGGAGGCUUCCCUCAAGAGAUAUUACGAAGAGUCAAUGAAGCGGUUCAUCGAGCUGCAAGCGCACGCUAGCAACGGCAAGCAAGAAAUUAACCACGGCGAGUCGCCAUUAGAUUUGAGCAAGCCAACCGUCGACCUCAGUCGUCCUAUGAUGAAGCUCAGUUUGGGUGGCUUGGGCAAUCUCCUUGAAGAACAGCACGGAGCCCAUUUUCGUGGAGGUAGCGACUGCGGGCCUCUCACCGAUCUGUCUGAGCGCAGUGUCUGUGACGAAGACAGCAUGAGUGAGACCACGGAGUUCCUGGACGACGAGAGCGGCCCGGCGAGUCCGGCGUCGAGCACCCAAAGCUCGAGGCAGGGACCCGCCAGCGGAAGCACUGGGAAUCCUGCCGGCGGACCAUCGGCUACCAGUGGCCAGUCUAGCGGUAGCACUGGUCAGUCCGGUGGUAAACGGUACCGCACACAAAUGUCAGCCACGCAAGUUAAGGUGAUGAAGUCGCUGUUCUCGGAUUACAAGACACCGACAAUGGCGGAAUGCGAGAUGCUCGGCCGCGAGAUCGGACUACCUAAGCGUGUUGUUCAGGUCUGGUUUCAGAACGCCCGGGCCAAAGAGAAGAAGGCCAGACUAGCAGCUGGCCUUCCGGCAGAGGGAUCAGCAGUGCAGCCACACCGCGGGCCGACCGGGCCCGAUGAGUGUAGGUUGUGCUCCGUGCGUUAUUCGGCCAAGACCCCUCUUCAAGAGCACGUGUUCUCGCGGCGGCAUAUCGAGUCAGUGCGUGUCGCUGUCGAAGAGGGCAGCCUCGUGCCACCCACGCCUGGGGCACCCAUCGUAGUCGGCGGUAGUGGCGCCGUUGGCGUCUCAGGUAUUGGCAACUCGUCAGUGGUCGCCGCUGUUAGUCAGCAAGUCAACCAGCAGCAGCAGCAGCAGCAACAACAGCAGGCGGACGAAAAUAUGAUGUACGGAUCCUUGUUCCUCCACCCUACGGCAAUGUUCCAAUCGCAGCAGCAGCAACACCCCGCAGGCGCUGCUACGAGCACAACUACGACCACGGCUGUAGCGGCUGCGGGCUUGAGCGCUGGCCUACUCGGAAGCGGUCUGAUGCCGCUGCACGUGGAGGGUGGCUCGCAGGUGCAAGUGCCGCGGUCCCUGAUGCAGGCGUUCCUACAGCAAGACCCGAACCACCCCGGCCUGGAGACGGUCCGUCUGCCGAGCCCGGCGCAGUGCGGCGCCGACGAGAGCGGGCCGCAGCAGCACUGCCGCGAGGUGGAAACCGAGCUGUGCCUGGUGUGCCGCCGUUGCAGCAGGGCGUACCCGCAGGAGUCGUCGCUGCUGGCGCACCAGCGCUCCUGCUACCUGGGCAAUCAGCAACGUCGCGGCGCCCUGCGCCUCGUGCAGGCCCGCUACGCCUGCUCGCUGUGCGAGCCCGGCGUGCCGACGCGCACCUACGCCAGCGUGAGCGAGUGGCGUCGCCACGCCGAGACGCUGCAGCAUCGCGCGCGUCUCGAGGCCGUCCAAGAGCGCCAGCAGCAGCAGCAGCAGCAGCAACAACAGCAAUUCGCCAGCAUGGACGGCGGCGCGCAAUCCGGCGAGGAGACGAACCCGCUGACCGACGAGAUGGAGGACGUCGUCAAUCAGAUCACCCUGCUGGCGGCGCGCGCCGCCGCCGAGAGCACCACCGGCCAUCAGCCUCAGGCCGGCGGCGGCGGCGAGAAGACCAGCCAAGACAACAACAACAGUCCCGACGUCAAGCGGCAGAAGCUGGUGCAGGAAGUCGCCGCCCUCGCAGGGGCGCGUUAGGCACAGCCCGAGGAUCGCCGAGUGCUCAGGGCUUGGUCGGUGUGUUCUGUCGUCUUACUCGGGCGAGACAAGGGCCGAGACGGCACAGGCGAGCGGGUGCUGGAGCAGGAGCCGCUGACGAAGCAGAGGACGAAGCGGAACGAGCGUGGAAGAUACAGGGAGAAGGUGGAAGAGGGAGGCUGCACGACGACGGAGAGACCAGCGGCCGACGAAUGUCGCUUGGAGGAGAUCGGACUCGAGGACCUCGCAAUGGACGAGCAAUGUUCCUAACCGGCGAUGAACGGGGGAGCACGGGUGUACACCUCGGUGGAGGGAGAUCGUCGGGUGCACACGUCGGGUUCUCCACCGCGGACUUUUCGGGGCCAGCACACCCCGUCGCCGGGUUUGUGCAUUUACCCCGCGGCGGUGGAGAGGGGA